AUGUCGACAGAUCACAGUGGCAAAGGUUACACGCCUUUACCGCAGAGUAUGAGCAAUACCGAUACCGAGGAUGAAGAAGAACGUUUGACUCGACCUAAUCAUAUUACCUACAAGAUCGACAAUACCACGACAAUAGCUGAACUACAUUCAGGUCAUGAAAAUGGCAUGUAUUGUCCACUGGAUGAAACACAAAAUCUAGGAAAUAGCACAAGAAGUAGACAAAAUACAAUUAAAUGUUACCAGGAUGAUAUACCGGUAAUGAUAAUUGAAGAAAGUGAGCAGAAUGAUUUCUGGAAAAGGAGAGAUAUGUCGCCAAUAAGGCGUUUCUGCCUAUUUGCAUCUAUAUUAUUAUGCAUUGUUACAAUAAUUAUCUUUUUGUAUGUAUUACCUUGUGACAAUUCAAUGAUUUGUCCACCAAUUAUCGAAUCGCAAUCGUCCAUAUCAUGGGAUAAAACUUUACAAGAUGUUGAAAUACAUGGGCCUAUUACUACAGUACCUGGAUCUCCAUAUAAUCUGAUAUUCCUUCUUCGUGGUGAACAAUACAGAGGAAAUGAUACAAAGAAUACAAUGAUACAAAGACAAAUACCUCCAGAAGGAGGAGGAGUUAUAUCAAUGCAAGGGAGUAGUGGAUUGCCACUAUGGCUGGUUCCAUUAAAAAAAUCGCCUGCUAUUAUAGAUUGCGCUAGUAUUGAUAUCGAUCAAUCUGGAAAGCCUGACUGCAUUGUUGCUGGUGAACAAGGCCUGCUUGUUAGUAUAGAUCCCAUUGCUGGAACGAUUCAUUGGAGUGCCACAACUCAUACAUUUUCCAAAUUACCAGUUAUUCUACCAGAUAUCAAUGCAGAUGAUAUUGAAGAUUUAUUAAGUGUAGUAGUAAAUGAUGCAAAUGUGUUGUAUCUUGCUUUUCUAUCUGGCAAAACUGGUCAAUUACUGGAAUCUUAUUCAGUCAAUAAUUGCACUUCUAUUGAUAUAUAUAAUCUUGUCUCUAACAACAAGAUACUUUAUAAUUGUUAUGAUGACAAUGCAAAACUUGUACCAAGAUUCAUGACUUUAGAAGAAUUAUUCCGCAAUAUGAAAAUGCAAGAAGUACAUACGAAAUUUGUAGCAGAAUUAAAAUCACCACGAUUGUUUGAAAUAGUAAAACAAUACGAUAAAAAAUAUAGUUGGAAGCCUACACCUUAUCACCAUUUGACUAUAGAAAACGAAGGAGUAUGUCCAGGGCAACUUUGCCGCACUAGUGCAAAUUUAACGCUGCAAAAAUUAACGAACGAAUCGAUAACCAUUUGGGAUCACGUGAGUUCGAACGCGUUUGCAUCGAAGCCGGUAUUUUUAAUGACUUCGGGUAAACCUUAUACCUUUGGGUUUACCAUUAAAUUUUGGCAAUGGACGGAUUUACUAUUCAAUCGUGUAGAAAAAGCGGUGAUUACAGAGCAAAGAUUUAUAGAAACAGUCCUAAUAGUUCUCAUAAAUUACACAGAUGUUCAAUCUGUUAAUGCUAGUCAAAGUGAUGUAACGCUAUUGUGCCAUGGACUUGAUUGUCAACCAAACUUGAAUUCACGUAAUCAAUUUAGUUCUAUCUCAGUCGAAUACAUCGAUAACAAUAAAUUUCCAGAAUUGAUAAGUUAUUGGUCUUCAUACAAUGUGGACUCAACGAAAGGAUUGACAUCGAAAAUACAAGUUAUAAAGAUGGAUUCGAUAAUGUCUAAUUUAAUACAUGGAGAUGUUUAAUUUUAUCAGAUGACUUUCGAUCAUUAUAUCGCGUUCUGUAAUAUAUGAUAUUACGCAUUCUGUUAAAUAAUUUAUAAUUUUCGUAUUACAUCGCGCGGUAAGUAAAUUACCGAUAAAUUAUCUUCUUCAUGAAUGGGAUAUUGUAAUUAAUCAUAGAUUAAUUUGUUCCAAAAGAUAGUGUAGGAAUUUACUAACUUUUUCUGUUUUUACAUCCCGAUUAAUAGUUCCUAAAUGUAUGUACUUGUAUUUGUUAGUUAAAUCGAAUCGGGGAGAAAUGUAUAACAGCAAAUUAUUUGUCAUGAAUUAAGUUAUGCUUUUUUUUUAUUAUACUGGGAAAGGUGCCUUGAAUCAAGCUGUAUAUACUUAUUAUACAUAUAUUUAUCAUAUAUAUAUGAAGUAUAAACAAAAUUUGCGUUUUAAACAAGUAUAUUCUUUGAGAGCUUAAAAAUGUAUGUUAUAGAGUAUAUCUUUCUGCCUAAAUAGUUUUAGAAUGUUUAUAUUUUUUACAAACUUUAAAUUUCACCACACAUAAGUGUGUAAACAUUAAUUAUAAAAUGAGUGUUUCCUACAUGUACAAGCAAUAUUGCAGUAUUAUGAGUUGGAUUAUUAAUGUUAAUCUUCUCUCUAGUCUUAAUAUUAUUUAAAUUCAUUGAAUCUUGUUCAGUAUUAUUAAUUUAAUAUCAUUGAUUACAUAUUUGAUAAGUUGAAAAGUGAUUGGUAGAAUUUAUAAGAACCAUUACAAAAAAACCAAAACAUUUACUUCAAACAAUGAAAAUGUACGUGAUAUUUUAAUUUAAUAACAAAAGUAUGCCAGCAAAUUGAAAGUAUGUUUUAUGUAGUUCAAAUAUGAAUUUAGAUUAAGUUGACACACUGGACAAAGAUCCAAUAUCGAUAAGGAAGUUUGAAUAUUAUAUGUUUCAAUAUAAAACAAUCACAUAGUUGUAUCAACUUUGCUUAAGCUUCUUUAGAAAGAGAGUGAGUAAGAGAGAAUGUUUUGUGUGUGUAUUUAUAUCAGUGUAUAUAUUAAAUCUAAUAAUGUCUGGUUUUAUUCAACAUAUAAUUAUAUUACCAAGAAUUAAAAUUUAUCGCAACAAAUAAAAUAAUGCAACAAGAAAAAAGUGUAAAAAAAAUAGGAAUAUGAUUUUUGAUUUUAUCUUAUAUAAAAUAAAAAGAAGUACAGAUAAAAUGUGAAUCAUUUUAAGUACAGGUAAAAUGUGAA